GUUUCUCCCAACGACUUUUGUUACAAAAAUCAUUGAAGGAUCAAACAACUUAAAAACUGUACGAAUUGGAGAGAAUUGCGGGCCUCUUCAAAUAUCUCCCUCCCAUGAUUCUUGCUUGCUGUUAACAUUUCCAAUAACUGCCCAUACAAAUAUCAAUAUUAUUCACAAACAACCAAAACCCACAAAAACACACUCAAAAUGAGAGAAAUCUUGCACAUUCAGGGAGGCCAAUGCGGGAACCAAAUUGGGUCGAAAUUCUGGGAAGUAAUCUGUGAUGAGCACGGGAUUGAUCCGACAGGUAGGUACAAGGGUGAGUCUGGUGACGGUUCGUUCGAUCUUCAGUUGGAGAGGAUCAAUGUGUAUUACAAUGAGGCCUCAGGCGGAAGGUAUGUUCCGCGGGCUGUUCUAAUGGAUCUCGAGCCUGGGACAAUGGAUUCCAUCAGAUCUGGCCCGUAUGGGCAGAUCUUCCGGCCGGAUAAUUUUGUUUUUGGGCAGUCUGGGGCGGGAAAUAAUUGGGCAAAGGGGCAUUAUACGGAAGGCGCUGAGUUGAUUGAUGCCGUUCUUGAUGUUGUGCGGAAAGAGGCGGAAAAUUGUGACUGCUUGCAAGGAUUUCAAGUGUGUCACUCACUUGGAGGAGGGACAGGUUCUGGCAUGGGUACCCUCCUAAUUUCCAAGAUAAGAGAAGAAUACCCAGACAGAAUGAUGCUCACUUUCUCUGUUUUUCCAUCACCAAAGGUCUCGGACACUGUCGUAGAACCCUAUAAUGCUACACUUUCAGUGCACCAGUUGGUGGAAAAUGCAGAUGAAUGUAUGGUUCUUGACAAUGAAGCGCUCUAUGACAUCUGUUUCAGGACCUUGAAGCUUAGUAAUCCAAGCUUUGGUGAUUUGAACCAUCUGAUCUCGGCAACUAUGAGUGGUGUAACCUGCUGCUUGAGAUUUCCCGGUCAGCUGAACUCAGACCUCAGAAAGCUCGCUGUGAACUUGAUACCUUUCCCGCGUCUUCAUUUCUUCAUGGUUGGAUUUGCGCCACUCACCUCACGAGGAUCACAGCACUACAUCUCUCUCACUGUCCCGGAGCUAACUCAACAAAUGUGGGAUUCAAAGAACAUGAUGUGUGCUGCUGACCCACGCCAUGGCCGCUACCUGACAGCCUCUGCCAUGUUCAGAGGGAAAAUGAGCACCAAAGAGGUCGACGAACAGAUGCUUAACGUGCAGAACAAGAACUCAUCAUACUUCGUUGAAUGGAUCCCGAACAAUGUGAAGUCUAGCGUUUGUGACAUCCCACCAACUGGCCUGAAAAUGGCAUCCACUUUCAUAGGUAAUUCAACUUCGAUUCAAGAAAUGUUCAGGAGAGUGAGCGAGCAGUUCACGGCCAUGUUUCGACGCAAGGCCUUCUUGCACUGGUACACUGGAGAAGGGAUGGAUGAAAUGGAGUUCACUGAAGCUGAGAGUAAUAUGAAUGAUCUGGUAGCAGAGUACCAGCAAUACCAGGAUGCCACUGCAGAGGAAGAAGAAGACUAUGAGGAGGAGGGCGAUGAAGAGCACUAUGAGGGUUAAAACGUCAGCGACAUGUUUGCUAAGUAGUACUGAUCAGUACUUGUUACAUAAUAUGCCACAAGUAUUUCUUGUGAUCAGUUGUUCUUUCUGUGUUGUCUACUACCAAGUGAUGUAAUGGUUCCUUUCUGAGUACCUGUUCGUUUCCAUCAUUUCCAUUCCAAUGUUUGUGUAAUGUUCCAGUAUAUGUCUGAACAUUGGAAUCGUUUGAUGUCUAUUUAAAAUUACAGAAUGCCAUACAGGAAAAUAUUGCAGCUUUUACCUCA